GCGAGCGGCGAGCCAAUGGGGGGGCCGGGGGGGCGGGGCGCGCCGCUGGCUGAUUGAUCCCAGCUUUGGCGUUGUUCAGUCAGAGCGAGAACAUUCUAGAGAUUGUCCGGCACUGCUGUCCCUGCUGAUAACGCCCGCCUCAGGACGCCCGGACCCGGAGGCUGCGGCGUCCGCCUCCGCCUCCUCCGCCUCCGGCUGGAUAUAAGCGCCCCCACGGCCUCGUUCUCCUCGCACACUCGGCUUCGUCGCAGCCCGGGGCGAGCAGCGUUGGGUUUAUGUCUUUAUUGGACGAAAACGGCUUUCUACAGUGAAGCAACUUAUGUCAGACUUUAUCAGGCUUAUUGUUAAGUCAAAACUCAACAGAAGCUGCUAUGAGAAUCCAUAAGUGAGAGGGAGAAUUACCUAAUUUUCAACUCUUUUCUACUACGAUCCAAAAAAACUGAGCUGUUGCGCAGCCACUGGUACCUGUAUUGGGGAAACAUAGCAUACAAGCAAGAACCUUACAGCCUCAGUGGCGAAAAUUUUUUCAUGUCAGAGACCGAGAACUCUUGCAGUCGUUUAUGUCAUCCCGUCUUCUCCAGACAGAAGAUACCAAAAAACUGCAAUCAAAGAUCUCUUCAUCUUAUUGAUAAAGCUACUAAUAAGGCAAAAUGUCUGUCAACGUCAACCGCAGUGUUUCAGAUCAGUUCUAUCGCUACAAAAUGCCCCGUCUGAUUGCCAAGGUUGAGGGCAAAGGAAAUGGAAUAAAGACGGUUAUAGUCAACAUGGUUGACGUUGCUAAGGCGCUUAAUCGGCCUCCAACGUAUCCUACCAAAUUUUUUGGUUGUGAGCUGGGAGCACAGACCCAGUUUGAUGUUAAGAAUGACCGUUACAUUGUCAAUGGAUCUCAUGAGGCGAAUAAGUUGCAAGACAUGUUGGAUGGAUUCAUUAAAAAAUUUGUUCUCUGUCCUGAGUGUGAGAAUCCUGAAACUGAUCUGCAUGUCAAUCCUAAGAAACAAACUAUAGGUAACUCUUGCAAAGCCUGUGGCUAUCGAGGCAUGCUUGACACAAACCAUAAACUCUGCACGUUCAUUCUCAAAAACCCACCUGAAAGUGGCGACACUAGUACAGGGAAGAAAGAAAAGGAGAAGAAGAAUAGAAAAGGCAAGGACAAAGAGAAUGGUUCUGUGUCCAGCAAUGAGACACCUCCACCCCCACCACCAGAGGAGAUUACUCCUCCACAGGUUGUGGAGGAGGAAGAUGAUGAUGAUUGGGGUGAAGACACAACAGAAGAAGCCCAGAGGCGUAGAAUGGAUGAAAUCAGUGACCAUGCAAAGAACCUUACACUUAGUGAAGACCUGGAAAGAACAGUGGAGGAGAGAGUCAACAUACUGUUUGAUUUUGUGAAGAAAAAGAAGGAAGAAGGUGUCAUUGAUUCUUCUGACAAAGACAUUGUAGCAGAAGCAGAGAGACUGGAUGUGAAGGCCAUGGGCCCUCUAGUUCUCACUGAAGUCCUUUUCGACGAAAAAAUUCGUGAACAGAUAAGGAAAUACAGACGUCACUUCCUUCGUUUCUGCCACAAUAACAAGAAAGCUCAGAGGUACCUUCUCCAUGGCUUUGAGUGUGUGGUAGCCAUGCAUCAGUCUCAGCUUAUUUCUAAAAUACCACAUAUUUUGAAGGAAAUGUAUGAUGCAGAUCUUCUGGAAGAAGAAGUCAUCCUUGGCUGGGCAGAAAAGGCCUCAAAGAAAUAUGUUUCAAAGGAGCUUGCCAAAGAAAUCCGUGUCAAAGCAGAACCAUUUAUUAAAUGGCUAAAGGAAGCUGAAGAAGAAUCUUCCGGUAAUGAAGAAGAGGAUGAAGAUGAAAACAUAGAGGUGGUGUACUCUACAACUGCCAGUGUCCCUAAAGUUGAAACUGUGAAGCCUGCAAACAGUAAAGAUGAUGACAUUGAUAUUGAUGCCAUUUAAAGUGAUGCAACGUAGCUUCCACCAUAAUCAAACUUCUCUGCGUUUUCUGCCAGAAGUGUGACUUGUAUGUGCGCAAGCUGAAAUGGCUUAACAUCCUGCUACUCUUUGUACUCUAAAAUGUAUCUUUUUACUGUGACUGGUCUUGUGUAACUAAGCCUAAUACCAAGGAGUCAGCACAUCGGUGAACGGCUCUAGUUUGCAAAUGGCAUGUUCUAUUUUGUUUUUCUAACUUGUGUUGGACACAUACUUGGAGCACAUUUAUACAGUUGUGGAAAUAAAGGAUUUGGUUUUGGUCAAUCUUCA